AUGCGCAACAGAACGAUUCCCGCAGACGUAGAACAGUACAAGGGCUUUGAGCCGAGCUGCUGCCCCGGCUUGCAGGUGAGGAGCUAUUGCAUGGAAGUUCUCGAGAUGAUCUCUCUGGCCUCCUGCCUUCGCUGGCUGACCCGAGGUUGCAUUCCUGGGCGUCGCGAGGUUUCGGUGCCUUUGGAAGAUUUGAGGGCUUGUUUGAGUUUCGUUUUCGGAUUGCAGAACUGCUUCGCCUGCCACCGCACUCAUGAAGCCCCUCCCUGCUUGGCGGGGUGGCACCGGGUGGGACUUUUGAACGUCUUCCUCUUGAACGACAUUCAAUGCCGAUUUGCUUGGUUGCUAGAUCUACAAUGGCUUUUCGUGGAGGCAACUUUGCCCUCCGACCGCCGACCUUGGGCCGGGGGGAACACCGUCGCGCUUUCGCGUCACCUGCUGGUGCUUGCGCAGGGUCGGGGCUGCGAGGUGCCGCCGGGCCCCUCCUCACCGAGCCUGAACUGCCUGGAUCUUGGUCCUCCUAGUCAUUUCCACUCGGUGAACAGCAGCUAUCUCAACCCGACCUUUGUGGGCUGCGUGGCGCGGAUCUUCCACGGCUGCGCCGGGCGCAGCGCCUCGGCGACGCUGACGGCCUUUCGAAGCGCCUGCCAGGCCACCUGUGCCGUCCUGAUGCUCUUCGGGUACGUCCGAAUGCUGUGCAUGCGGGUGGGGUGCCAGCGCCGGCAAGACACGGAUCAGAGUUGGCUCCGAGCGGCCAUCCAGCAAGCGCUGACGCUCUGCAGCUCCCGCGUGGGCGUUGGGCUCCCGGGCUCCCCCAAGGAUGGAGGCGGAGUCGAAAACGCCAAUAUUUAA